UGCUGAUUUGAACGCUGGGCGGCGGGGCAGUGAGCUCUGAGAGGGAAUUUUGUCAGCAGUUCAGAGGAACGUUAGAGAAACAUCGGAGUUUACUUUAUACAAUUUGAAGCUAAAUACUAAAGUCUGUUGCGUAUAUUUGUUGGGAAUAAACAAGGUAAACUAUCUGCCACGCCAUGUCACACAAACAGAUCUAUUACUCGGACAAAUACGACGACGAGAAAUUUGAGUACAGGCACGUCAUGCUACCCAAGGACAUAGCUAAACGUGUACCUAAAACACACCUGAUGUCGGAGAGCGAGUGGCGCAACCUGGGCGUUCAACAGAGCCAGGGCUGGGUACAUUACAUGAUCCAUCAGCCAGAACCUCACAUCCUGCUCUUCCGCCGCCCCCUGCCCACGGCCAAACCCGAGUGAAGGACGGGAGUUGGGGAAAGACUGGACACACACUGCAGAAGACGGAAGAAAGAGUGCCGAUCAAAUUUGGUGUCGGUUUCUUUUGAUUAUAAGAAGAAUAUGUUCUGCUUAUGAGAGUUCUCCAAAACGUUCUUACUGUUCCUCAAGUCUUUGCAUAAGAAGAAAAUUCAGACUGUUCUCUUUUUCACCGCAUGUUUCUGCUGAGAGGAAAGUGUGUUUAGAAAACACCAUCCGAGGAGAAAGCAGUCAUAAAGUGUACUUUGCAUUUAAACAGUGAUUUAACCUUCUUUUUCAUUGCAUCAUUACAAAACACUUUGCAUGUUGUUUAUAGUACUGUGAAUGUUGUACUUAUUAUUUAUGAUCUUUUAUUUUCAUAUCUACAUUAAAAAUAAAACUUUCUUGUGUAAAAAUAGAAUUUCUUGUGUAGUUGUAAUCAGAUGCAGUUUGUUUACUGGUUGAUUUGGUCAGCUCUUCAUAGGAUUCUAUACAUUUUUGUUAUACUGCUCUCUGAGAUGCUGUAUUUACCAUUGCAGUGAAAAAGUAGUAAGCUAUACAGCCAUAAGUAUUUGGACAGACUUCCAUUUUUUAUUUCAGACUUCAUCCUGAUGCUUCUAUAAACAGUCACAUCACCAAUAACCACAAUUGAUGCAGUUCCACUGGCAGUCUUACCUGCUUAUACCAUAACACUGCCUCCACCAUGUUUACCAGAUGAUGUGGAGCGUGGUGGACCAUGAGCCCUUCCUUUCCUUCUCCAGACUCUUCUCUUCCCAUCAUUAACUACUACAAGUUCUUCUUGGUUUCAUCUUUCCAAAGUCCUGUUUCAGUAUUGUGCAGACUUUUAUAGAUGUUUUCUAGUUCAGUCUAUUCUGCUCAUUCUGUACUUACAAUUUUAAAGUAAUUUGCAUCUUGAGGUAAACUCUCUAUUUACCUUCAUGAAGGUGUCUCUUGAUUGUACAAUGUCAGUUGACCGUGAUGCGCUUGUUGAGCUGCCCCAUAAAGUUUCUGCUCUGA